AUGCUCUGCCUUAACAUUGCGUCUAUUUUUGUCUUUCUUGCAGGUAAAUCAAAUCAAAUGCCUUUAAAAAAAUUCAAAAUCUAUUACAGUUCCCGUCCAAACCGACUUUUUUCUUCGCGACAAACGAGAAGCCGAAAAGGAUCACAUCCUAAAAGUGAUCAAUGAGGAGAGAAGAAAAAGUGCAAAGGCGCACAACUUUGCGAACAUGUGGAAAGUGGUAGGAACAUUCAAAAUACCAACAAAAAAGCAUUUCACUACUUUUUUCAUAGGAAUGGAGUGAGGAUUUGAUGAGACUGGCUGAGGAAAUGGAAUGUCAAGAAGCAAUUGGAAGGAACUAUCGAUGGUUUCUGUACGGUUCCGAUUUCAAUGAAUAUUUGGGAAUCCCGAAUGACCAUGGCUUGAAAUCGACCUUGAAAGGUGUCAACAAACGGGUCAUCGGAACGGGCGAAUCUCUGAUGCCUCCACAGUCGAGCAUCGGAUGCGUUCAUCGAGGAAAGUGUGGAAAGGAGGAGGUUCUCUGCCUGAUAGGGCCAUAGUGAGUUGUUUUGACAAAUUGCGAUUUGAACCAUUAAACAGAGCGUCAAAAGUUAGAUCAUUUCUCUUAAAAAUCAUUUCAGGACCAGCACCAAAAGUUAUGCAUCUUUGGACACCUAUAUCUUGAGAACCACAUCUUUUUUCAAAAAACGUGCAACUGAAAAGUUGUUGCAAAUUUUGUGCUAAACAACUUUGUAAAUGACAAUUUUAUUCCAAAACCGGUCAAUCUUUGGAUAUUACCGUGUUUCUAAGCGCGUAUCUUUGUUUUGUCGCUUGCGCGUUGCCCUGAUGGAUACUGCCUAAAAAUCAGACUAUAACUCAAGAAGGACGGGUUUUGGACUAACAUGAUUAACUACGAAGUUGUUUAGCACAAAAUAUAUCAAAACUUUUUAGUUGACCACUUUUUGAAAUAAUCAUUGGAUCUCGAGAUACAAGUGUCCAAAGAUAAGGAGAUUUUUAAAGUAGGGCGAUGAAAAUUACUUGCCCUAAUUAUGAUUUUUGAGUAAAAUUAUGUAUCUAAUGUAACUUUUUUGUUCUAUCUAAUGAUACUAGUAGUUUCUAUACUAAACAAAACGUUUAGCUCGACGUUCACUGCUUCUCAAAUCAAGGAUGGACCCGCCGGAUCGGAAUGCGGAAGGAGCGGACAAAACGAAGACGGACUGUGCUCCACGGCUCCGGAUAUUCCAAUUUACAUCUAUCUAUUGACUGUUUUUUAUGUUUGUGCUUCUAUUUUAAGUGAAUAUAAACAUUGAUAUUGAUAAUUUGGGUCUAAAAGCAUACAUGUUUGACAAAAAUGAAAACCUUCUUUCAAAGCUAUGUAUCUCAGUUGUCUGCGAAGAUACCGAGAAGCAGUCAACUAAUAAAAUUUACAAAAUCUUUCAGUGAACAAUUCAUUAGUUAACAACUUUAUGAUAUCUUCACAGGCAACUGAGAUAUAUCGUUUUGAAUAAACUGCAUUGGGCGAGUUUCUGUUAAGCACGGAUGUCUUUGUUUUUCCCUUAUUUUCGUGACAUCCUUGACAUCUAAAAUCGGAGAAACUGAUAAGAACACGUGGAAACCGAUAAUCAGUUUCUUUAAAAGAUUAGAGAAUUGUCCAUUUUUCCGACUAUCAGUGAAAGUUUCCGUCAUCCGAACAACCUUCAGUCAACAAUGAAGAUUCUUCUCGGAAUCCUUUCAAUCUUCCUCCUGUAUGGUGCAUCAACCGUCACGGGCACAGGGAUUCGUGAGAAGCGCUUUAGCAAGGACAAGGAUCUCGAUCAUUUGAACGGUCUGAGGAAGGAAGUGGCCAAGAAGCACAACGUUGCGAACAUGUACAAAUUGGUGGGUGCACCAACAAUGGGACCCGACGUUUCGAGACUGCAACGCCUCGAUUCCCACGUGAUCCUAAGUAGUUCGGGAUAGUUGCGAAACGUCGGGGUGUCCCGGCAACAGCCAGAAUCCAUUCAGAAGUGGAAUGACAGUCUCGCGGAAGAAGCGAAAGAUUUGCAAUGUGGCAAAGCGGGCGAAAGGUUGAGCUGGUUUAAUGCACCGAAUCGCGCCGAGCUGGACAGACUGGUGAAGGCGCUUGCCGACAAUAUCAAACUGAGAAAGACGGUUUCGAAUGGAUUCUUCACGACAUUCUCGAGCAAUCAGUUGAGCGCAUUUUAUGCGCUCGUUCCGGGACAGACCGAGAUCGGAUGUGGAACCACCAGUUGUCGCGGGAAGGAUAUGGAGAUGUGCUACGUUAGCCCAGUGUGAGUUCUAUCUUCAACUUGACCUUUCCUCAUCCAUUUCACGUUCAGGUAUGGCUACUUACCAGACAUUUUCAAGGAAGGCGCCCCGGGAUCGGCGUGCGGAAGUGAUAAAGCUGAAGACGGAGUGUGCAUUGCCUCCGCCGCUUCUGCGCUCUCGGCUGUAGGAAUACGGAAAUCCCUUCUCCUUCCCUUUUCCACUGCCCUUUUUGUCUUGUUUCUGUACUUCUGAAUAAAUGACUAAAUCUACAUUACACUCUUUUUAGCUUCCAUAUCGACUUUAUUGAUAAGAUAACAAGAAACAAGAUCUCAGACGAGAGUAAACGAGUGGCCGGGCUUCGAGAGCACAUUCCUCAUCUCGAUGCGAUCGUACUGUUUUUGUUGGAUGAUGGCAAUAGUGAAACGGACGAGCAGAACUGAAAUUGUGCAGUUUUGUGUAAAAGAGCAAGAUCUUAAACUGGCUAAACUCACUGGCGCUAAGGAAGCCGUAAAUGAGGGCCAUCCAGCCGGAAUCAUUGUUUGGCUGCAUUGCCUGAUAGUGGAAAAGAAUGAUCAUGACGACGGAAUGAUCAUGGCAGUGGAAAAGAAUGAUCAUGACGACGGAAUGAUCAUGGCAGUGGAAAAGAAUGAUCAUGACGACGGAAUGAUCAUGACGACGGAAUGA